AACUCACACCUAUGUGAAGCAUCAGGGAAGCUAAUUGCUAGCAUGUGCCCAAAGAUAGGUCCCCGCCAGUGCGAGCUGAAGUCCCUAUAUAAUAUGGUGUCAUUUAAAACAGUUUUCUACCGCGUUUCUUCCUAUUGCCCACCUGCGCGAUGCAUCUCUCUCUUUUCGCCACGCUUUUUUCCAUAGGCUUGUCGGUAUCGGCGGCGCCUACAAAGAGAGCAUCUGUAUGCAAUGGACGCGCAGAGCUGUGCAACCGAGGUUAUGGAAAUGUCACGUUCUUGAGCUCGCAUGAUUCAUACGCCAUCAGCGAGGACAUUUUCGCUCUUGCUAGAACUCAAGAACUUGAUCUUCCCGGGCAAUUAGAUCUUGGUGUUCGUAUGUUGCAAGCCCAAUCUCACAUGUCUAGUUUGUUCGAUGGCGGUCUUGUCGUCGACUAUCUGAAGACUGUCAAGAGUUGGUUGGAUAAUAAUCCUAAUGAAGUUCUGACCUUCCUCUUCACCAAUCCUGAGGGUCUAUCGCUUACCGAUGUAUGGAAACCCGCAUUCGAUGAAGCAGGCAUAACCGAUCUGGCUUAUGUACCUCCCACAAAGCCCAUGAAGCGCGGAGAUUGGCCUACGCUAGGCGAAUUCAUCGAUAGUGGCAAACGUGUCAUCGUUUUCUUGGAUUAUGGUGUCGAUGAUAGCGUGGAUUUCAUCCUCUCAGAAUUUACAAUGCUCUGGGAACCACCUUUCAGCGUGACGGAUAGCACGUUCCCAUGCAGCGUCAACAGAAUUUCCGGUCCUCUUUCGACGGUGGACCACUUGAACAUGCUUAACCACAAUCUGAACAUCAACAUUAUCCCCAUAGGCGACGGUCUGCACCGAAUGACCAAUAGUAUCAACUCUAUCCUUGCCAACGCAUACGGUUGUUCAGGUUUGGCUGGUGGUGUUGCUCCCAACUUCGUCAUGCUCGACUUUGUCAACAUUGGCCAUGGACUGGACGCAGUCAACCUGCUUAAUGGCUUCUGAUAAUGAUUACGAUGACACGAAGCACAAUAUAUUAUUUAUUUUACGUUAACGAUCUACGGUGCUUUUUUCAUUUCGCAUUUGAAUGCUUCAUUAUGGAUCCAUAAUGAAAUCCGGAUCUGUAUACGGGAGGAAGCUAAGCAAUCACCCUUCAAAGAGCGACAUCAUUAUUAUCCCGCGUACUUCGUAGGUCCAUCCCGUAACCUCUAAGCCGUUUCACAACAACACGCCAGAGUUGGAAAGCUCGAUAAUGCUGCGUCAAUUGAGUUUAGCUUGUUUUACGAGGUCGGGAAAGGAACGUCACUUGACUGUUCUCGACGAGAAUCGGAGCAUUGUUAUUGGAGGAUCAAGGUCUAGAUCGCUUGCCGGCGGGUAGUAUAUAGCUCAUCUCCUCGAUCUCCCACAACUCACAUUCACAUCACGAGCGGGCGCUUUGCAUAUGUU